GCCUUUAGGUAGAGUCUACUUAGUUUUAGACCUGCCGAUCACUUUUGGAUCAAGCAAUGCUAAAUGACUGAGAAAAGUAUGGCCAAACCGCUAACCGGUAAGGUUGCCAUAGUAACAGGAGCUACCAGAGGCAUUGGUAAAGGGAUUGCUCUCCAGCUGGCGAAGGCAGGGGCUGUGGUUUAUAUCACUGGUCGUACCUUGAAGCCAAGGCCAGAUUUUCCAGGAUGUUCACUGGAAGAGAUGUCCAAAGAGAUAUCAGAGAACAGUGGACAGUGUAUACCAAUACAGUGUGACCACAGUAAAGAUGAAGACAUUAAAGCUCUCUUUGACCGAGUUAAAGAGGAGCAGAAGGGAAAACUGGACAUCAUGGUCAACAAUGCUUAUUCAGGUGCAAAGGCUAUAACUGAUAAUAAUGGAAAGCCAUUCUGGGAGCAGCCAACCACAAUUUGGGAUGACAUGAACAAUGUUGGACUAAGAAAUCAUUACAUAUGCUCUGUGUAUGCCAGCCAGAUGAUGGUGCCAAGUAAACAAGGGCUAAUAGUGAAUAUAUCCUCACUUGGAGGCCUGGCCUACAUGAUGAAUGUUUCAUAUGGAGUUGGCAAGGAAGCAUGUGACCGCAUGGCAGCAGAUUGUGCCAUAGAGCUGAAGAAGCACAAUGUCGCCUUUGUGAGUAUCUGGCCAGGAGCCGUUCUCACAGAAUUCACAGAGCAGAUGAUGGAAGGAGACCAUUCAGAUAAAGGUGAUAGUCCCGGGGUAUCCAAAGAAAUGGUAGCAAGACUGUUCGCAAAUGCAGAAAGCCCACAGUAUGUUGGAAUGUGCAUUGCCAAGCUAGCAGCAGUUUAG